AUGGCAUCUGCAUCUGAUAUGAAGGCUUCGAUCCACCGUUUCCGCCUCCGCAGGGUGUCUCCAUCCCCGAGGGACGUCGGUCGGGCCCGGUCCGCUUCACCACCGGUAUCUCCUGACCAGCGGCUGCAGCAGCAGGAUGCGCCCCAGGGAGAGGCGCAGGCUCGGCGGCAGGAUCAGCAAAAGCAAUCUCAAACUGUCGUCGCGGGCCGGAGCGCGACUGGGAGACCCAUAGCCCCGGCCUGUGAUAGGUGUCGCAGCUUCAAGAAGAAGUGCAGUCGCACAUUUCCUGUCUGCUCUCUCUGUGCCAGCGCUGGCCAGAGGUGUUCCUAUACUAACCCUGUUGCCAAUGCUGAGGCGCAAGUCCAUCAGCUGCGCUCUCGAGUACAAUGGCUGAGCCAAUACAUUGAACAGGCCAUCCUUGCGCCAGGUCGACAAGAUGUGAUAGAAGGUAUCGAGACAGGAUCCGACCUGGGUAUUGCACUAGGCCAUGGGCCACGGAGCGGUAUUGGUAAUAUCGCAGCUUCGGGGACAGUAUCAUCGCCUCUAUCGCGAGUGCCAGGUCAGAUGGCUUCUCCUUUGGAGACCAUAGGCUCUCUUCCCUCUAUGCGUGGACAAGACCACCCCUCAACUGGGAGACAGAGUGUUGACAUGCGCCUAGAGGAAAGGGAUCCUGGUAGUGUGCGAACCACAAGCAGUCGUUUAUCUUAUGGAGAGUCAACAGACGGAUCAGUCACAAAACGAAGAUUGAUUGCAAGACAAGCCCUCCCUCCUGACAUUGCCCCCAGUCGCUUUGUCGAUGCCUUCUUUCGUCACGUCAACAGGGCAUAUCCAUUCGUCGAUCAAACUCGAAUACGGCGAGAUCUUGAACUUCUGGGCGAUGCGUCUCCAGCUGACCAGGAUCCCCCCAUGACUCUAUUGUAUCUCGUCAUGGCCAUUGGAUGCACGUCGCUGGUACGGGCUGGGCAGAUCCCCAGUGAUACGGCACAUCGGUUCGAUGUGGUAUACCCAGACAUCAUACAAGAGUGUCUCUCGAACGAAACCAUCGAGUCUGUACAGAUUCUCAUCUUGUUAGGGUUAUACUCUUUGUUUGAUCCAGCAGCAACCUCAGCCUACUUCAUCGUCGGUAUUGCCGCACGACAAGCCAUGGUCAUCGGUCUGACUAGACCAGAUGAGCAGCCACGUACGGCCGUGGAAACCGAACUCAGACAUCGACUUUACUGGAGUAUCUUCGUCCUUGACCGUAUGAUGUCGGCGUCCCAAGGAUUACCAGCCGCUUUUACAGAUGAGCAUGCUAAUGUGCCGCUCCCGGGACUGACGGUGGAAGAGUUUGCCAGUCCGGACCGAGCUGUGUAUGCUCGGAACCUGCAGACUAGUCGGCACGUCAUCCAGCUCCGGCAACUCGAAUAUCGAAUUCUUCACGCGGUACACCUGCAACAAAACUCUGAAACUGCACGCCUAGCUCCCGCAGAUAGGCGUACGGUACUGAAUAGUUUGAGGUCUGAAAUCGAGGACUGGUACAGCAAUGGGUGCCUCAUGUCGCCCAUGGAAGCAGAUAAUCUGCCUAUCCACAGCAGCAUCACCUGGCUGAGUGCUCAGUAUUACCACUUGUUAAUUCUUCUCUACUUUCCGAACCACUUCAACAGCUCUGCAGCAGCAGUUACUCGUCAGGAACAGCUUGAGUUUGCUCAGAAGCAACUCCAAGCCAACUCAGCGCUCCUUCAACAACGGCAACUACCAUUAAACAGAGUAUCCCUGAGUCGGUUAUUGCCAGUAUGUCUGUUGUUGAUGCAUGAUUUCGUAGCAUCGUAUAGGGCUGAUGGAGCAUCAUCAUCGGCCCGGGAAGAAGUCGUGCUACUGAUCACGCUUCUCGAAGCGUUUCCAGAGGGAUGGACAGUGGCACAAGAAGCAGCUCGCAUCAUGCAGCAGUUUGCCGGCGUGUUGACAGGACAAGGGGGUAUGGCCACUGCGUACUAUGGCGAGACUAUAGAAGAGCUCGUCAAGCAGUGCAUCGCUAGUUUUACAGGGCUGCUACACCAGUUCCUGGGUAAAGCGACAUGCUUCCAGUCAAUCGAGUAUGCACAAGAGUCUCAAGAGGUUGAAAGAAUGGGGCAGAUCGGAGCCACGCAACAGUCGUCGACCAAUUCACUAUGGUUGAAUGGAGCAGAUUCAAGUAUUGGGGGAGUUAAUGAAGAGGCGGUACUAGGAUAUGGAUGGGGUUCAUGGGAUCUUGACUUCCUUUAA